AUGGCCAAUCCUCACAUGACCAUGCCGGAUGGUCAGGGUGUCUACGCUAGCGGCUACGCUCCUUCUAGAGCCCACAGCAUCGUCUUCAGACCAACUCACGAUCCCAACACCGCUGUUACAGCUCCCUACCUUAACUACUCUACCUACAUGCCCUACCCUGUCUUCCCCCAAACUCAUGGUCGUGCCGAUACAAUGGCUGGACGCUUUGAUACUAGCGCUAAGGAUGUUCCGGCUUUAGAAAAUCGUCGAUUCUUGUACCCGACCAAUGAGUCUACACCUGCCACGCCCUUUUUCGGUAGCAUGCCUACUCGGGAUCAGGCUGCACGCGUCUCUGUCUUCGAUCGCUCAAGCUACACGGCUCCUUCGGCCCAGCAAAUAAUUUCUGGCGGUGCUGUUCAGCAGCCUAAGGGUUCUUACGACAUCUCGAUGCCGUUUGGUCGUGGCCAUGAUGCACUGCUUCGACGGGAGCGCGCCAUCCCGGGUGCUGUCCUCACUCCGCAGGAGAGCAUGAAGACCCUGGACCAGAGGCUGGUCAACCACAUCCCUGGCAAUCGCAAUCUCUACGUCCCGCGCUUUGGCAACGUCGAGACUUCCAAGGCUAUCAUUGAUACUGCCACAGGUGCUUACUAUAAAGUUGGCUUUGCACGAGUGCGCACUCCUGGAGACUAUUGCUGCACUUAUCAUUGCACUGUCUCGCAUGCUAGCAUGACCCAGGAGUCUUUUAACUCCAGACUGAAGGCUAAAGGAAAUGAUUAUUCUACCAACCUCUACAUAUUUAAUCUCCCCAAGUCGUUGACCGAAGCCGAACUUGGCGUGGUUUUCUUAGGCUACACGAUCUUGUCCAGCAAGAUUCUCCGUGACUCGAUGGGUAAUAGCCGUGGUGUUGGAUUCGCCCGCUUCAAGUCUCGUGAGCUGUGCGACGAGAUCAUCAAACGAUUCAGUGGAUUCCAACUCGGCUGUGAGCGUCUGCCUAUGCAGAUCCGCUAUGCUGAUACUCCCGCGCAGAAAGAGCUCAAGUGUGCUACUUCGGGUUGUCAACAGUUCCAAACCAACGGGUAUAACGUUCGCGCUUAUGAUACCCCGCUUGUUGGUCUGUCUCCUACCAUCUACAACCAGCCCAUUUUCCGACGUGGAACAAGCGGAGCUAAUGUGUUCGGCCCUCGCUGUCCUCCCUUUGGCAACAGUCGUGGUCAGGGACGUGGUGGUAUGGGUGGCAGAGCUACUCACUAA